AGAUUAUUACAAAAAAUGUUUUGUUUCAUAACUGCAAAAACACAGUGGAACAGCACGUGAAAGUUCUGCCCUGCAGAACGUUCGCUAAAAAUUGCUUUGUCCUGAAACAUACAUAAUUAGUUUCCAGAUGUAAUUUAGAAGUGAUUAAUUAAGAAGUAGGAUUUAUUAUGUCAUAAAAACGCAAAACAUAAUGACCCAAUACAUGUAUAAAAGAGGAAAUUGCUUUCCAAAUAUCAUAUUGAACGAAGAGCUAGAAAAGAUACUUAAAAACAAAGAAAUCAAAAUGGCGAAAUGUUUUGUUUUCGCUGGCGUAUUGCUGAUGCUUUUUUCGACUGCUGGAUGUUUUCAAUGCAGCAGUGGACCUCCUGGACAAUAUUGUACCAAAGAUUUAACGGGUUAUCACAACUGCCCGAAUUAUGGUGUCAAACCUACUAUCAUUCCUUGUCCGGUGAACACUCGAUGUAGUUGUUUUCUAAGGAAUAAAUGCACUGUUGAUAAAGACAAGGUUUGUGCGCCCUACACAAAGCCUCAUCAGUUGAUUAAGGACUUUGAAUUACGUUACCAUGGCAAAGUGUCAACGGUCAAUAUUGCGGGCAGACACAACUUUCAACUUCAGGGACACGUCCUUCAAAAUUUCGCUACAAAGCGUCUCUCGAAAACAGAAUGGAUAGGAAGUAAAAGACAUUUUGAAGUUGUCCAUCCUCUCAAAAAUGGUAAAUUUGUCAGGUAUACUGGAAAUUACCCAAAUGUCUGUCACACAACCAUCUUACAAAGUUUUCCAGAGUUUGGACCUGAUCUUACACGAUUUACCUUAACCUCCAGUCACAAACGUAAAUAUUUCUAUGAAGAGACAUGGAAGCUUUUAGUUGGUCGUCAUACUCCCUACGAGCCUGAUCUCAUCCAGGAAACGUGGAAAAUGGCAUACAGCCGGUGGACGCAUAAAAUGCGGCCCCUAAGUUACAGUUAUGAAUUAGAGGGAGGGAGGUUCUCAAGAACCAACAAGAAAAUAAAAUUUACGGUUGGUUUGUUUUACAGAAGAAUUGGAUUGGAAAACGAAUGGUUUAAAAAACCGAGUUUUUGUUAAACAUCUACAAGAAGUCUAAAGAAAAUGUUGUUAUCCAUAUCUCAGAGUCAAAUCAGGGUAUUUACCCCUAGAACACUAAAACAUAUAAUGUAACAUAAGAUACUCGAAUAAGCAUGGCUGCUUAAUACAUUUUUGGAUCUUUUGCAUUGAUCUAAUUAAAAAAAGCGGGUGCUUCUUUAAAUGCAAAAAACCUCGAUGAGAAAUUUUAAAGAUUUGAAUUUACACUUAAAAACAGCAACUGUAUAGAAAAUGUAAAAAAAACUGGUUUUAUACCACAAGGAAAGCGGUUUUAUUUACCCGAUGUAACAAAGAUUUUAAAUUUAAAUGAUUUAAUUUUCUUUAUAAUAAUAUUCUGUCUGCUAACCAGCAAAAUCUUAUAGUUACAAAUAAGAAAUGAAACACUUUUUUACCAACUUUGUUUUGAUCGUUCAUGACGGUACAAAACAUGAAGCCCUUUUUAUAUGAACAUACAUUUAAGGUUUUUGUAAAUUCGACAUUCCAACGAAGGAGUGAUGAUCAGAGCUAUAAAGACCGAUUUCCAGUUGCCUGAAGCUUCCGUAAAGAAAAUUUAACUUUCCUUCAUAUGAGCGUGUAUAUCGAUAUCUCAAGGUGCAUAUAUCCUGUGCAUAUAUCAUGCGAAUAUAUCCUGUGCAUAUAUCAUAUGCAUACAUAUAUCAUGUGAAUAUAUCCUAUGCAUAAAUCAUGUGUAUAUAUCAUGCGAAUAUAUCAUGCGAAUAUAUCUUGUGGAUAUAUCCUGGGCAUACAUCCUAUGCAUAUAUCAUGUGAAUAUACUAUAUACUAUUCUUCCAUAUGGGCGUGCAUAUCGAUAUCUCAAGGUUUAAAGUGGUCACGAGUUGCGGACAGUAUACCACAUGCAAGUUUGUCGCUCUGUCUCGACGCAGAUGACUUUUGUUCGCUGUCAAAGUUUAAAAAGUUUAAAUUUUACGAUUCUAGGAAAUGCUCUAAAAAUUGAUACGAUAAUUUGUUGGUGAAAGAAAUCCAAUGAUAUGACAACCACUUCUCAUACUGUAAAAAGAAGUUGUUAAUGUUGCUAUUUUAUUCAAACGUGAAAAGGGUC